CACUCCAAACAAAAAUUGUCUCACAAUUUAUCACGAACGCGUUUAUUGAGGUGCAAUCUUAAGUGCUGAUGACAUAACGAAUUCGCCUUUUGGAGAAUUUUGCUGUUUGUUUAUUGGACGCUAUCUGUUUAAUAAACCAAUAAUUUGGGUAGGAUAGUGUAUUUUUAAAGAAUAAUAAUGGAUACUUACUCUACGAAGGAUCCUAUGCGUGCAGCACUUAAAAAGCUUAUUCAACAUUCAAACGCUCCUUUUACAGCGGACGAUGUUUUGCGAGAAUUUCGUACAACCAAAGAAAAGCGGUCUAAUCGAAAGCUAUUAAAAAUUUUAGAAAUAAUCUCAAAACACCAACCUAAAUCUGAAGAAUAUUUGCUCGAAGCAUCCAAGUUAUUAGAAAAGAAAGAUCCAUUUUAUUGUCUGUUAAAUUUUCUUAAUCAUUAUUCUGAGACGAACAUUAUGCAGGCAAUACGAAAAAAGGAUUUGUCCACUUCAACACCACUCUUAAGUAAAAAAAUGUUUGAAACAGUUACUCCUGAUAGCGUUUCAGAGAUUAAAGAACGGGUGGUAUUGGCAGCCACUGGAGGACUAACGCGUGUGGGGCAAAAUACCUCUGCGGCUAAUAUGUCUGGAUCUCAUUCACCUCCACCUUUAGCAUUGCCUGCUUGCAAUAAAAAUCAUACUGAUGGAGUUUGGGAUUACCGCACAAUUGAUAAUCUUCAUUUUCAACAAAAUAAUAUUAGUGCUAUACCAAUCAGUAGUCAAGAAACGUUGCUUCUGUACGAUCUUAUAUAUUGUUUAACUGGCAUGAAAGGAUCUUACAUAACUUCCGAAGAAUGUGUGAGCACUGGUCGUGGUGAAAGCACCACUGUUAAAUUCAAAAUAUCCGAACAAAUUCAUAGUUCCUUGAGAGAUAUUGCAAAAGAAAUCUUGCCUUUAGCAUCAUACUUUACAUGCAUUGAACAGUUUAUACAGAAAGCAAGUUUUACCGAAUGUGGUCAGGUGCUACAAGCGUUGAGUGAAGCACUAAACAAUUUAAUACGAGAUUAUUAUCUGCUUCUAGCUCAAUUGGAGUCAGAGUUGAAUGUAGGAAAUCUAACGGUUCACAAGAUGCUAUUUUAUGUAAGACCAACCUUGAAUACCAUGGAUGUUUUGGCCGCUGUUGUAUCGGAUAUCUCAGAGAAUGAAUUACGUGGUGGUCAAGUGUUGACACUUCUCUAUAACAAGAUCAGUGCUCUGACAGGAGAUGAGGAGUCACAGAAGUUUGUUAUUCAAUUAACACAGUUAGCAUCAGUACCGUACAUGGAAAUCUUGCAGCUGUGGGUUCAAAAAGGUGUGAUUUGUGAUCCACAGCAAGAAUUUUUGGUAGAAGACAAUGAAGUUAUACGUAGAGAGGAGUUACCUGAGCACUACUCGGCUGAUUACUGGGAGAAACGUUACACAAUACGUCGUGAACGCAUACCAUGCUUCUUAGAAAAAGUUUCCGAUAUAAUAUUGCGUACGGGUAAAUAUUUGAAUGUUAUCCGUCAAUGUGGCAAAAAAGUAACACCUCCGCAAAUAAUGAAUUUACAAUUUUCACCGACAAAUCAAAAUCAUAUAAACGUUAUUCAAAAUGCAUACCAAUUUGCUUCAAAGAACCUUUUGGAGGUACUGCUAAAGGAAAAUGAACUAAUGGGACACCUGAUGUCUGUCAAGCGUUAUUUAUUGUUGCAUCAAGGUGAUUUCAUCACCCAAUUUAUGGAUGCAUGUGAAGAAGAAUUAGCAAAGAACGUUGACAAAGUGUUGCCAAUGACAUUGGAAAAUUUGCUCGGACUUACAUUGCGUUUGUCCUCUGCUAAACAUGAUCCAUAUAAGGACGAUGUGCAUUGUGAAUUAUUAACCUAUGACCUAGUGACACAAAUGUCAAAAAUUAUGAACAACGAAGAAGAGUAUUGGCAAUCACAUGACCGAUUGGACUUAAAUGGCUUGGAAUGUUUUGCAUUUAGAUAUGAAGUGAAAUGGCCUGUUUCUCUGGUUCUGAAUCACAUAGCGAUUUCAAAAUAUCAAAUGCUUUUUAGGCAGUUAUUUUACUGUAAACAUGUUGAGCGGCAGUUGUGCAAGAUAUGGAAAGAGAACUCGAUAGCUAAGAAGUUUUCACCCCAGGCGGCGGAGCUUUAUCGGUCUGCAUUUACUUUACGUCAGCGUAUGAUGAAUGCCGUUCAAAAUCUCGAGUAUUACAUGAUGAUUGAAGUUAUUGAACCCAACUGGCAUAUUUUUAUCCAGAAUAUGAAUAAGGUGGAAAAUGUGGACGAAGUGCUUUCCUUUCAUCAGGAUUUUCUUGAUUCCUGCUUGAAGAACUGCAUGCUGACGGACACCACGUUAUUAAAUCGUUCUAUUUUCAAGCUUUGCAACAUAUGCCUAAAAUUUUGCGAAUUCAUACAGAAAUCACAACGUUUUUUUCUUGACGCUGAGCUCAAGUCGAUGGUCUGCGACAGCAAUGAUGAGGAAAAUUCUGAUUCGGAUGUUGAUUUUUCGAGUCAGAAGCAGUCUGAAUCAUCUAUGGUACCAAGCGACACAUUUUCGGAACGCGUUAAGCGCUUUGACUUGGAGUUUACUGGCAUUUUAAUUGGACUUAUAAAACAAAUCAAUGAUGUAGCUUCAGAUAAUCCAUCAGAUCGCUUUAUUAACCUUGUACAUCGUAUUAAUUUCAAUUCAUUUUAUAACCAGCAAAUUGAUAAAUUAUGUGCUAAAGAUUCGAUGUUGUAA